CUAGCUGCUGCCACCGCACCAGCUGCCUGCCUUCUCUCAUCCCCUACCUUGGGGCCUGCCAUUGCUGCCUCUUUCUCUCUCCUCUCUGCAGGGGGAAGGGGGAGAAGAGACCACCGGAUCAAGAGACCUCGCCGCCGACAUCACCGUCGCCGUCCGGCUGGUUUGGUUCCUCGAUCUCCGGGCGUGAAUGGCCAAACGACCCACGGUGCCAAAGUUCGGCGCCUGGGACAACGACGAUGUCGGGUACACGGUCUACUUCGACAAGGUGCGCGAGAACAAGGGCGCCACGGCGCCGCCGCUGCACCGGCCGCACAGCCUCGACGACCCGGAGGAGGGGCCCAUGAUGAGAGUCCCUCCGCCGUCGUCGUCGAGGCCGGCCACCGCGGGAGGCCACCGCGAGGCGCCGCCGUCGUCGAGGCGGCACCACGGGCAGGGCGGCCACCGGCGAACGGAGAGCAGCAGCAGCGUGGCGUCCGACCCAGGCUCCGCCCACCAAAGCAAGUUCGCGCCGCCGCCGCAGUACUACCAACGCACGAGCCACGGCCACCACCGUCACCACAGCGGUGGCCACCACCACCACCAGCAGCAGCAGCAGCAGCAGCAGCAGCCCCCGUCCUCCCACGGCCACGGCCACGGCCACGGCCACCGAGCCUCGCACGCGCACAGCAGGCAGCAGCAGCACCACCACGCGGCGCCGGGUCCCCGGGCGCGGUCCGCCUCGCCGCAGAGCAACGCCCCGAAUCGACAGCGGCCGUCGGCCGUGCCCAGGUUCGGCGUGUGGGACGAGCAGUCCGCCGAGUCGGCGGCGCAGGGGUUCACGGUGGUGUUCGAGAACGUGAAGCGGCACCGGGAGGUGGCCAGGUCCGGGGUGCCGGCUGUGCCGCGCGUGCCGUCGCCGCCGGAGGGCGCCGCGUUGAGGCGCCACCAUCAAAAGACCCCUUUCGUGUCCAAGAUGUUUGGAUGUUUCCUUCCCACCACUGCCAAAGGCUGAGAACGAUGCAUAUAUAUAUCUUCACACAUCUCGCUCCCCGUAAUCUGUUUUAUCAGGCUACGAGCGUGUUCUUUCAUUAUUUCAUUCAGUAGCUUGGUACGUGAGCAAAGGUGAAAGAGAACACAGGGUGAUCGAGCGGGAGGUUCCAUUACUAUUAUGCACAUAUUUUGAUCGGUAACAUGUAUAAUUACCUAAAUUUAUGCACAUAUUGUAACUUAUGUGUGAUCCUGCAUUUGAGAAACAAUUUUGCUAUAUAGAUGAGUUAUUACUUGAGA